CCACGAUAACAAAUUCCUUUUUUUCGUUUUAAGUGCAUGUUUGAUAUUACCAACAUGAGAAUCACGAAGACUCGAGCACACUUUGUUACCAAUUAUGCCGUGAAACUCGCCGUCCUGCUAAUCAUCACUUUACUUCUCUUCAAGUGUACCACCGUGGUUGCCGGUGCUGUAGCGAUCGGUGAAGGAGGAGGCCAUGCUAGUGUAGGAGGUGGUCAUGCUAGUGCAGGAGGUGGUCAUGCUGUUGAAGGAGGUGGUCAUGCUGUUGAAGGAGGAGGCCAUGCUGCUGGAGGCGCUGGUGGCCAUGGAGAAGAAGAAGGUGGGCAUGGGAUCGGAAGAGGCGGCGGUAUAGCCGGUAUGGUUCAUCGACCAGCAACGAGGAACGGAGGCUCUAUACUUAUUACUCCUUUUGCCGAUGGAUCUGCAAUUGUUUUCAUGAUCAUCUUUUUUCUAUUUAACUAGAGCUCAAUUUUCUUCGAUAUUUGAAAACCUCAGGAUUUGUUUUUGGUGAGUUUUUUUUUUUUUUGGGUCAAAGAUUUUGGUAGGUUUAAGUUGUUUGAUUUUAGUUUCAAGAAAGAUAUGUUUGAGUC